AUGCGCGCAAAACGUUUUCGUCGUGAAGUCGAAGAGACCAUUCUGCCGACUUAUGAACUCGUUCUUAACCCGGAGGAAGAGGCGAGAGCAGUCACAAAGACACUCGAGAACAUCGAGAAGGGCUCCCGGCUCAUGCUGAAAUGCACAAUGGCUCAGGAGCACUUUGAGAACCUCGUGUUCAGAGCCAACAACGUGGAAGUCGGAGAAGACGGUGGACAGAGGUGAGCUCAGUAAAAUGGAGAGUGUGAAGAGUAUUGGGUCAUUUCAGUAAAACACUGACUAUCGACUCAUUUUCCCGCCUACACACUGGAAUGUACGAGUGUGGAGCAACGAGGAAAACGGACGGAAAGUACCAUUCCCGGCAGAUGAGAGUAAAGCAGAAGAGAGAUGUGAGUUGUUAUUCUUUCCAAUAUCAGAUUCGCUUAAUUAGACGUGCUUUUAAUUAGUGAUCCGGAAUCCCGUAUCCGUUUGAUUAUAAUUGGUCAUUUUUAGAACAACUCGAAACUUCCGGCUUGCCCGACGGAACCCGAGGAUUACUGUGGAGUCCACGGGGUUUGUCUUAUGGAUGGAUCUCGGAAAGUUUGCCAGUAAGUCCUCUUUUUCUCAUCUGAUUUCACCUUCAUAUUCCGUUUUCAGUUGUGACGAUGGUUACAUGGGAGAGACGUGCGAUAAGGUUCUGAUGGCGGCCUAUGAUGGUAGGCAGUUAGAGCAAUUUCAUAGUGAGCCUUCCUUUCGACCACUUCUUUUUGUUCGCUAACAUCUGAUUCCCAACUAACUCUUAUCACAGUUCACUUGUCGUAACCUGUUAAAUUAUAGUAGUUUCAGUCAAACUUCUCAAAGUGGUCGGAGGGACGACUACUUCCCUCAACGUCGUCUGCAUCAUUAUUGCCCUUUUGUUCGCACUUCUCUACUUCAAAGAACGUAAAUCGGCCACCCGACUCAGAAGACAGUUUGUCGAAAUAAACGAGGAGUGCGAGAAAGUGGACGCUAUCUACAGAGGUAACAAUAAAAGAUGAAACACAUAUUUGCAUCGUGACGUAUUGCAGAAACCACAGUGAACAACAGUUUGAACGAAAACACCGAGGGCAACUCGUCGUUUGCUAGGAACAGUAUCCGAAAGAUGAGGCUGGCCCUGAACAGAGUAAGUGUUCCGUUCGGUCCGUCGGAGUCACUUGAUGUGCGUUCCGAUUGAAUUGACGCAAACGGCCGAAGAACUCGCUAAUUUGGACAUAAGUGUUCGCAGUCUGUUCCGCCAAUUGUCUCCCUCUUUCUCUCCCGAAUACCACAUCAUUUGCAGGCCCGGCUCAAUGGAACAUCUGAUUCGAAACUGCUUGAGAAGUGA